AUGUCUAACAUCACCAAAAGGGAAUUUGCUGAGCUUGCUGUUGAUGGCAGCAACUACUUGACUUGGGCCUUGGAUGUUGAAAUCUACCUGGAUUCUUAUGAUUUAAGCAACACUAUUGUUCUAGCUUCUCAGAGCACCUCUGCCCAGAAGGCAAAGGCAUUGAUAUUUCUUCGGCAUCAUCUCAAAAAAGACCUAAAAAUGAGUACCUUACUGAAAAGAUCCUGCUGUUCUAUGCUGAAGCUCUAUAAGCAGAAUAUUAUAGAGACUGAAUUGAUUGAAAAGACCCUCUCUACAUUCCAUGCAAGUAAUCUUAUAUUCCAGCAGCAGUACAGGACCAAAAACUAUUCAAAACACUCUGAAUUAAUCUCUGUGUUACUAGUUGCAGAGAAACACAACCAACUUCUGAUGCGCAACUAUAAUGCUAGACCAGUUGGUUCGCAAGCUGUGCCUGAAGCACAUGCUGCGAAACAGAGUAAUACUCAUGGGCGUAGACAUGGUAGAGGUCAUGGACGUGAUCGCGGGUCUUAUCGUGGUGGUAGGGGUCGUGGUCGUCACAAUGCUAAUGGUCUUCAGGACCGUGAUAAGGGUCAGAACGAGGAUAAAUCUCCUUCACACAAGCCUAACUCUCAUCAACAGGUUGCAAAUAACAAGCAAGCUUUUUAUCGGUGUGGAUGUGAGGACCACUGGUCUCGCACAUGUCGUACACCGAAACAUUUGGUUGAGGCCUAUUGGAUGUGA